AGAUCUGCUGAGAGUACCAGAGCAGAGCUCCUCCACAGACCACAGCCGCAGGGGCUCCCACUGCAGCUCAGAUGAAAAACCUCACACAGAAAUAUAUCCGGGAAGGGAGAAAGUACUACAGCUGCUACCUCACAGGACCACAGGGUAUAUAAACCAGGACACAGAAGAGGGAUCAAAUAAAGAGAGGAGGUGAGAAGAGCUGGAGGAGAUCCUCUGGUUGUUGUUUUUUUUUGGGGACGCUCAGAAGUUCCAGGGCACACAGCUACUCACUUCAAUAAUUUAUCUUCUGCCUGAUUUUUUUGGUCAGUUGAAAUCAAGUUUGCUUUUCAAAAAGUUUUGAAUUUUUUGUUUUACAAUUCAGCAUUUCUACCCCUCUGGCUUUUUUUGGCAAGUGCAGUCUUGACAGCUGCCUCGAAACUUCACCACAGACUGUUUGUGCUUGUUCAUUUGUGCACUUUCUGACUGAGUAAGUGAAAUGUAUCUGGUUGAGUCAGGCACAACUCUGUGGAAUGGUUUUUGUUUUUAAGCCAAACAAAAAGCUAAAUUAUUCUCCAUCAAGGAUCCCCUCCAAAGAUCUGAAGAUGUCACAUCGGAGAAACAACUGAGGCUGUUUCUCUUGUUUCCCCAACUCAAUUAGAAAGUAUUUCCAGGGAGGACACUGUGGAGACUCUUGCAAAAACUUUUCUUUUUCUUUCGAAAUAUUUUGGAGGAAACAGCUUUUUCUUGGUGAAGCCCUGCCUCUACCUCAGGAUGGCUGGCUGUACCAGCCGCUGCAGGCAGGGGGUGCUCAAACUUAUCCAGUCCCUGCAGAGAUUGGUCUCAGGAACCCUCACAAAAGAUAAUAUAGACGAUGAGCUGGAGAUGACGACAGUGUGUCACAGGCCAGAGGGUCUUGAACAGUUAGAAGCCCAAACCAACUUCUCCAAACAGGAGCUGCAGAUCCUGUACCGGGGCUUCAAAAAUGAAUGUCCAAGUGGUGUUGUGAAUGAGGAGACAUUCAAACACAUUUACGCACAGUUCUUUCCUCAUGGAGAUGCAAGCAUGUACGCACAUUACCUCUUCAAUGCAUUUGACACUACAAACAAUGGCUCCAUUAAAUUUAAGGACUUUGUGGUGGGUUUGUCCACACUGCUGCGAGGAACACUGAGAGAAAAGCUGGAGUGGACGUUCCACCUCUAUGACAUCAACAGAGACGGCUACAUAAACAGAGAGGAAAUGACUGAGAUCGUGAGGGCCAUUUAUGACAUGAUGGGAAAGUACACCUACCCUGCACUAAAGGGAGACAUCCCCAAGCAGCAUGUGGACGCCUUUUUCCAGAAAAUGGAUAAAAACAAAGAUGGAGUGGUGACUUUGGAGGAGUUUGUUAUUGCCUGUCAGGAGGAUGAGACCAUGAUGAGAUCCAUGCAGCUGUUUGAAAACGUGAUGUAGGCCAGAAGAAGAUGGUGAAGAUAAA